AUGGAAUCCACAACAAAUUCAUCAUCAUCUUCUUCUUCCAACUCUGCCCCUCCUCCUCUUCAAGAAGAGCCUGAGUACCUAGCACGCUACCUGGUGGUAAAACAUUCAUGGCGUGGGCGGUACAAGAGGAUUCUUUGUAUUUCGAAUGUUUCGAUUAUCACUUUAGACCCUAACACGCUCUCCGUUACUAAUUCUUAUGAUGUUGGUACUGAUUUCGAGAGCGCUUUGCCAAUUAUUGGGCGAGAUGAGAAUUCUAGUGAGUUUAAUUUGAGUGUGAGGACUGAUGGUAAAGGUAAAUUCAAGGCGAUUAAGUUUUCCUCUAAGUUUAGAGCUAGUAUUUUGACUGAGCUGCAUCGGAUUCGAUGGAGCAGGCUUGCUCCUGUCGCUGAAUUCCCGGUUUUGCAUCUCAGGAGAAAGCCUAAAGACUGGGUCCUUUUUAAAAUGAAAAUUACUUAUGCUGGGGUUGAGGUGAUUGAAUUAAAAUCUGGAGACCUUCGAUGGUGUUUAGAUUUUAGAGACAUGAGUUCACCUGCUAUCAUUCUCCUUGCUGAUGCUUAUGGAAAGAAAGGUAGUGAUCAUGGAGGUUUUGUUCUCUGCCCUGCAUAUGGGAGAAAAUCUAAAGCUUUCCAAGCUGCUUCAGGAACCACGAAUGCUGCAAUUGUCUCGAACUUGACUAAAACUGCGAAGUCCAUGGUUGGGGUCUCACUACAUGUGGACACUUCUCAAUCCUUGAGUGCAGAAGAGUAUAUAAAGCGAAGGGAAAAAGAAGCAGUUGGAGAAGAGGAGACCCCGUUUGGGAAUUGGUCUGUGACAAGGGGGCUUGGAGAGCAUGGCGAUGCUGUCUCUCGCCGACUCAUUUUAACAAAGGGUUCACUUGUUGAAAGGCGCCCUGAUAACUAUGAAGCUGUUAUUGUUCGUCCUUUGUAUGCUGUAAGUUCUCUUGUACGAUUUGCCGAGGAGCCCCAAAUGUUUGCCAUCGAGUUCAAUGAUGGGUGCCCCAUCCAUAUCUAUGCAAGCACGUCUCGGGAUAGCUUACUAGCUGCAGUUCGGGAUUUGUUGCAAACAGAAGGACAGUUCCCAGUGCCUGUAUUACCAAGGCUUACAAUGCCUGGUCAUCGUAUUGAUCCACCUUGUGGGAGGGUCCAUUUACUAUUAGGGUCACAACGUCAAAUUGCUGAUGUGGAAAUUGCAUCCUUGCAUUUGAAACAUUUAGCUGCAGCUGCUAAAGAUGCUGUUACUGAAGGUGGUUCAAUUCCUGGUUCAAGAGCUAAAUUGUGGCGUAGAAUAAGGGAGUUCAAUGCAUGUAUUCCAUAUAGUGGUGUUCCUAUUAACAUUGAUGUGCCUGAGGUAACUUUGAUGGCCUUGAUCACAAUGCUUCCAGCUACUCCAAAUCUUCCUCCAGAGUUUCCUCCGUUGCCGCCACCUUCCCCCAAAGCAGCUGCGACAGUGAUGGGUUUUGUUGCAUGUUUACGUAGAUUAUUGGCUUCAAGAAGUGCAGCUUCGCAUGUGAUGUCUUUUCCUGCUGCCGUUGGAAGAAUAAUGGGUUUACUAAGAAAUGGUUCUGAGGGUGUUGCUGCUGAAGCUGCAGGGCUUGUCGCAGCUCUCAUUGGUGGUGGUCCUGGAGAUGCAAGUUUAUUUGCAGAUUCCAAAGGAGAGAAACAUGCCACUAUAAUGCAUGCAAAAUCUGUUUUAUUUGCUCAUAAUGGUUAUGUUGUCAUCGUCGUCAACAGAUUGAAACCCAUGUCUAUAUCACCUCUACUGUCAAUGGCUGUUGUUGAAGUUCUUGAGGCCAUGAUAUGUGAACCACAUGGUGAAACUACCCAAUACACAGUUUUUGUUGAAUUGUUGCGCCAAGUAGCUGGUUUACGCAGGCGCUUAUUUUCUUUGUUUGCGCAUCCUGCUGAAAGUGUAAGGGAAACAGUUGCUGUGAUCAUGCGCACAAUUGCAGAAGAGGAUGCAAUUGCAGCAGAGUCCAUGCGUGAUGCUGCUUUACGUGACGGUGCUUUACUGAGGCACUUAUUACAUGCAUUUUUCAGUUCUGCAAGUGAGCGACGUGAAGUUAGUCGACAGCUUGUUGCUCUUUGGGCUGAUUCCUAUCAGCCAGCUCUGGAUCUAUUGUCUAGAGUUUUGCCUCCUGGCCUUGUUGCUUAUCUGCACACACGUUCCGAUGGAGCUCAACUUGAAGAUGCAAAUCAAGAAGGAACGUUUAUCAGUAGAAGACAGAGGCGUCUGCUUCAGCAGAGAAAAGGUCGUGCACGGAGAGGUAUUGCCUCUCAAGAGCUUUCCUUGCCUCCUGUUAAUAGUUAUGAAGUUAGUGAUCCCAUGAGGCAGAUAAAUGCUGGUGUAAGAGGAUCAGAUAACCAUCAAAACUAUGCUAUAGAUGCAAAUUCUGGACCGUCAUCAGCAGCUCCUGCCAUUGAAAAUUCGACCAAUGAUAUUACCCCCACAGGAAAUCCGCAAAAUGAUCAUUCACCUACUGCUGCUUCAGAAGAUGCACCAACGACCAAUAUGCAUGAGGUGUCAGAACCAAUUGCCUCACAUUCAGUUGACUCUGAUGCACAUGGGCCUGGUAUUCAGAAUACAGGGCUUCCAGCUCCUGCACAGGUUGUUGUGGAGAAUACACCCGUGGGUUCUGGUCGGCUGCUUUGUAAUUGGCAUGAAUUCUGGCGAGCGUUUAGCCUUGAUCAUAACCGUGCUGAUUUAAUCUGGAACGAGCGCACAAGGCAAGAGCUGAGGGAGGCAUUGAAGGCUGAGGUUAAUAAACUAGAUGCUGAGAAAGCACGAUCCGAGGAUAUUAUUCCAGAAGGUGCUACGACAGAGGUCAUGGCUGGGCAAGAUAGCACGCCACAGAUAUCUUGGAACUAUACUGAGUUCUCUGUCAGUUAUCCUAGUUUGUCCAAAGAAGUUUGUGUAGGGCAAUAUUAUCUGCGCUUGCUGCUUGACAGUAGCAGCAAUGGCAGGGCACAGGAUUUUCCACUGCGUGAUCCAGUAGCUUUCUUUAGGGCACUCUACCAUCGGUUCUUAUGCGAUGCAGAUAUAGGACUUACAGUAGAUGGCACUGUUCCUGAUGAAUUGGGUGCAUCUGACGAUUGGUGUGAUAUGCGAAGAUUAGAUGGUUUUGGGGGAGUGGGAGGCUCUUCGGUUAGGGAGCUUUGUGCAAGAGCAAUGGCGAUUGUCUACGAACAGCAUUUCAGUAUCAUAGGUCCUUUUGAGGGUACUGCACAUAUUGCAGUUCUUUUGGAUAGGACAGAUGACAGAGCUUUGAGGCACCGUCUUCUUUUUCUUCUAAAGGUUUUAAUGAAGGUUUUACCUAAUGUGGAGGCUUGUGUUUUGGUUGGAGGGUGUGUGUUGGCAGUUGAUCUUCUGACAGUGGUUCAUGAAGCUUCAGAAAGGACUUCUAUUCCUUUGCAAUCUAAUUUAUUAGCGGCUACUGCUUUCAUGGAGCCACUUAAAGAAUGGAUGUUUAUUGACCACAAUGGUGCACAAAUUGGUCCCUUAGAGAAGGAUGCUAUUCGAAGGUGCUGGUCAAAGAAAGAUAUUGAUUGGUCAACUAAGUGCUGGGCAUCUGGUAUGGUGGAGUGGAAGAGAUUGCGUGACAUCCGUGAACUUCGUUGGGCAUUAGCUAUUCGUGUUCCCGUCCUUACAUCAUUUCAGGUAGGGGAUGCAGCAUUAUCCAUACUACAUAGCAUGGUAUCUGCACAUUCAGAUCUAGAUGAUGCUGGAGAGAUAGUUACCCCAACCCCAAGGGUCAAGCGGAUCCUGUCUAGUCCCCGUUGCCUUCCACAUAUUGCACAGGCUAUGCUUUCUGGGGAGCCAAGUAUUGUGGAGGCUGCUGCAGCUUUGCUGAAGGCUGUUGUUACCAGAAAUCCCAAGGCAAUGGUACGUCUUUACAGCACAGGUGCAUUUUAUUUUGCCCUGGCAUACCCUGGAUCCAAUCUCCUCUCCAUUGCACAACUCUUUUCUGUGACUCAUGUCCAUCAAGCAUUCCAUGGUGGAGAAGAAGCUGCAGUUUCCUCGUCAUUGCCUCUUGCAAAACGCAGUGUGUUGGGUGGGCUUCUCCCUGAAUCCUUGCUGUACGUACUUGAGCGUAGUGGUCCAGCUGCAUUUGCAGCAGCAAUGGUUUCUGAUUCUGAUACUCCGGAGAUUGUUUGGACUCACAAAAUGCGUGCUGAAAAUUUGAUCCGACAGGUCUUGCAACAUCUUGGCGAUUUUCCCCAGAAGUUGUCACAGCACUGUCAUUCUUUAUAUGAGUAUGCUCCCAUGCCACCAGUGACAUACCCAGAGUUAAGGGAUGAAAUGUGGUGUCACCGUUAUUACCUUCGGAACCUCUGUGAUGAGAUUCGCUUUCCAAAUUGGCCAAUUGUUGAACAUGUUGAGUUCCUGCAGUCAUUACUAGUAAUGUGGCGUGAAGAGUUAACUCGAAGACCUAUGGAUCUUUCUGAAGAAGCAGCUUGCAGAAUAUUAGAGAUAUCCCUGGAAGAUGUAUCGAAUGAUGACGCCAAAAGUAAGUAUUCUUCUGAGACUUCUGAGGAGACAAUUAGCAUAUCAAAGCAGAUUGAGAACAUUGAUGAAGAAAAGCUCAAGAGGCAAUAUAGGAAACUUGCAAUGAAAUACCAUCCUGACAAAAACCCUGAGGGGAGGGAGAAGUUUCUUGCUGUUCAAAAAGCUUAUGAGCGACUUCAGGCCACCAUGCAAGGGUUGCAAGGUCCUCAGCUUUGGAGAUUACUACUUUUAUUGAAAGGACAGUGUAUUUUGUACAGACGAUAUGGAGAUGUGCUUGAGCCUUUUAAAUAUGCUGGCUACCCAAUGUUGCUUAACGCUGUUACUGUGGACCAAGAUGAUAACAAUUUCCUUUCUCCAGAUAGAGCGCCUUUACUUGUUGCGGCAUCAGAGCUUAUUUGGCUGACGUGUGCUUCCUCUUCAUUAAAUGGCGAGGAGCUUGUAAGGGAUGGUGGGAUACAACUUAUUGCAACUCUUUUUUCCCGUUGCAUGUGUGUAGUUCAGCCAACUACUUCUGCAAGUGAACCAUCUGCUAUUAUUGUUACAAACGUGAUGCGGACCUUUUCUGUCCUGAGUCAGUUUGAGAGUGCCAGAGCUGAGAUGCUUGAAUUUUCUGGACUAGUUGAGGAUAUUGUGCACACCACUGAACUUGAGCUUGUACCUGAAGCUGUGGAUGCUGCCCUCCAGACUAUUACUCAUGUUUCUGUGUCCUCUGAAUUACAGGAUGCCUUGUUAAAGGCUGGCGUGCUUUGGUACCUUUUGCCAUUGUUGCUUCAGUAUGACUCAACUGCCGAGGACUCUGAUACAACGGAGUCCCCGGGUGUUGGUUCUAGUGUUCAAAUUGCAAAAAAUAUGCAUGCUGUUCGAGCAUCUCAGGCUUUGUCAAGGCUUUGUGGUUUGUGCACAGAUGGGAGUUCAACACCUUAUAAUGCAGCUGCAGCUGAUGCCCUCAGAGCUUUGCUAACCCCUAAGCUUGCUAGCAUGCUGAAAGAUCAAUUACCAAAAGACUUAUUGAUCAAAUUAAACACGAACUUGGAGUCUCCAGAGAUUAUCUGGAACUCUUCAACUCGGGCAGAACUGCUGAAAUUCGUGGAUCAGCAACGUGCAAGCCAGGGCCCUGAUGGUUCAUAUGACUUGAAAGAUUCACGUGUCUUUUUAUAUGAGACGCUGUCCAAAGAACUAUUUGUUGGCAAUGUUUACUUGAGGGUCUAUAAUGAUCAGCCAGACUCUGAGAUCAGUGAUCCAGAAGCAUUCUGUGUUGCUCUAAUUGAUUUCAUAUCUUUCCUUGUGAAUAAUCAGUUUGCCAUAGGUUCUGAUAUUCAAAGUACACUCAAUCCGAGCAGCUCAACCCCUCAGACAUCUGAGGUUCAGUGCAAAACUUCAGUUGUAUCAGGAAAUGGACAGCAUGUUCCUGAUGAUUCGAUGGCUGUCUCUGAUGGAAAAUUAACAGAUAAAGGAGAAUUGGAUCUGGUUAAGAACCUUCAAUUUGGAUUGACUUCACUGAAGAACUUACUGACAAGUAAUCCAAAUUUGGCGUCUAUAUUCUCUUCCAAGGAUAAGCUGUUACCUCUCUUUGGAUGCUUUUCUGUUCCUAUUGCAUCAAAAAGUAAUAUUCCUCAACUUUGCCUGGCUGUGCUGUCUCUCUUGACUACAUAUGCUCCUUGCUUGGAGGCUAUGGUUGCAGAUGGAUCUAGCCUUCUCCUCUUACUACAAAUGCUACACUACGCUCCAAGUUGCCGUGAAGGGGUUCUUCAUGUUCUAUAUGCUUUGGCAAGCACUCCAGAACUUGCUUGGGCAGCUGCCAAGCAUGGUGGAGUGGUGUACAUUCUUGAACUUCUUUUGCCUUUGCAAAAAGAUAUUCCCUUACAGCAGAGAGCAGCAGCAGCCUCCUUAAUGGGGAAGCUUGUUGGGCAGCCAAUGCAUGGGCCUAGAGUUGCAAUAACUCUGGCAAGGUUUCUUCCAGAUGGCCUUGUAGCAGUUAUCAGGGAUGGUCCUGGUGAGGCAGUUGUAUCUGCUCUAGAGCAGACAACAGAGACUCCAGAGCUUGUGUGGACUCCAGCAAUGGCGGCAUCUUUGUCUGCACAAAUUGCUACUAUGGCAUCAGACUUGUACCGUGAACAGAUGAAAGGUCGUGUUGUUGAUUGGGAUGUCCCUGAGCAGGCUUCUAGACAGCAAGAAAUGAGAGAUGAGCCACAGGUCGGUGGAAUCUAUGUCAGGCUGUUCUUGAAAGAUCCCAAAUUUCCUCUUAGAAAUCCAAAGAGAUUCUUGGAAGGGUUACUUGAUCAAUAUUUGUCAUCCAUUGCUGCCACUCAUUAUGACACACAAGCUGUUGACCCGGAGCUUCCUUUACUUCUUUCUGCUGCUUUGGUUUCACUACUACGAGUGCACCCUGCACUUGCUGAUCAUGUUGGAUAUCUGGGAUAUGUGCCAAAACUUGUGGCUGCUGUGGCAUACGAGGGAAGAAGAGAAACAAUGGCUUCGGAGGAGGUGAAGAAUGGCAACUAUGGACGCAAAACAUAUGAAUCUGAUGAUGGAUCAAUGCCACCUGUUCAAACUCCUCAAGAACGAGUGCGCCUUAGUUGUUUGCGUGUUCUUCAUCAACUUGCAGCAAGUACAACAUGUGCUGAAGCUAUGGCAGCAACUAGUGUAGGAACACCUCAGGUUGUCCCUCUUUUGAUGAAAGCUAUAGGAUGGCAAGGUGGAAGCAUACUUGCACUUGAAACAUUAAAACGUGUUGUGGUUGCUGGGAAUCGUGCCCGGGAUGCUCUUGUUGCUCAAGGACUUAAGGUUGGUCUUGUCGAAGUACUGCUCGGGCUUCUUGACUGGAGGGCUGGGGGAAGAAAUGGACUUUGUUCUCAGAUGAAGUGGAAUGAAUCUGAAGCAUCUAUUGGCAGAGUGCUUGCAAUUGAGGUUUUGCAUGCUUUUGCAACGGAAGGAGCACACUGCAAUAAAGUGCGUGAGAUAUUAAAUGCAUCUGAUGUUUGGAGUGCUUAUAAAGACCAGAAACAUGAUCUCUUCCUUCCUUCAAGUGCCCAGUCUUCUGCUGCAGGAGUUGCAGGUCUCAUUGAGAAUUCUUCAUCAAGACUUACUUAUGCCCUUGCAGCUCCUCCACAACCUCAUCAAGCAAGACCACCGGCUCCGAGCUCUUCUGAUUCAAAUGGAAAUCAGGAUCAGUUUUUAUAG